AUGGCUUCGGCCACCAAUGGAAAUACGCUCCCAGCGUUCUUGAGACAGAGCAAAGCAGAUCUUCAUGAAAAGUUCAUCGAUCUGGAAUGGAAACAACGGGAUCGGUUACUACACGGCGUCCAAAACCCUCCCACGGAAAACGCCACUCCCUCACAAUGGUCGCGCUUGACCGGCGACCUGAUCCUCACUCGGAAUCGCUAUGCCAACAUUGAAGUCUUUGCGGGAAACCGGAUCAAACUUCAAGUCAAAGACGGCGUCAACGAUUACAUCAAUGCAUCGCCGAUCAGAUUGGGCGACAGGAAUUACAUCGCCACUCAAGGACCCAAAGACACUAAUCUGAACCACUUCUACCGAAUGCUCGCCGCGGACGUCGACAACCAAGCCGUCGUCGUGAUGCUCACCCAAACGCACGAAUCUGGCAAAGAGAAAUGCUUUCAAUACUAUCCUCUAUCUCCCGAGGAAAGCCCUUUGAAAAUCCCGUCGGACCCGGAAUUCGACGAUGACUUCCAAGGCCAGGUCGAACUCCUCCAAGUCGUCGAGGACGCCGCCAGCGGCAGCGAGAUCCGCACCAUGCGCCUCACCACCACCGCCACCGAACACGACACCAACGCGGGCCCCGACACCAACGGCCACACCUCGAAGCAGAGGGAAAUCCACCACCUCCUCUUCUCCGGCUGGCCCGACUUCCUCAUCCCGGAAGGCGAGGACCGCGCCGCCCUCGUCAACCUCAUCCACCUCUCCGCGCAGCUCAACCGGAAACCCUCCGCGCCCAUCACCGACCAGUCCAACCCCCGCAUCGUGCACUGCUCCGCCGGCGUCGGGCGCUCGGGCACCUUCAUCGCGCUCGACUACCUCCUCAGCCAGAUGUACUCGGGCGCCCUCGAGAAAUAUGCCCACGAGGCCGGCGUCGAGGACGAUCCCAUCGCGGAAACAGUCGAUAUCCUCCGCCAGCAGCGCAUGAUGAUGGUGCAGGGCGAACAGCAGUUCUUCUUCCUGUACGAGGUCCUGGCGGAGCUCUGGGAGGGGAGGAAGGAGGCGAGACCGCUGUAG